GUCGCGGGUCCCGGCCGCAAAAUGUGCCCGGCUGCGGAGGGACGCUCCCGCCACCCCGCGUCCCGGGCGGGCGGGGGUGGAGCUAGGAGUCCCUGCAGCCCGCCGCGCCCACCGCGGGCACGGGCAUCUCGCGGGCUCCCGGCCGCUGCCCUCCGCGCCCAGGUUCCGAAGUUGGAGCACCGCCCCCGUUUCCACCGUGACGCGGCCGCGGGGGCUCGGGAGUUGUAGUCUCGGGCAGGGCCGGGGCGCCGGGGCUCGGAGCGCGCGGACUCCACGUCCCGGCGGGCGGCGCGGCGGCCAGGGGCGCCGGGGGCGGGGCCGCCCGGCCCUUUAAACCUUUCUGGGCUGCGGGCGGAGACAGCGCCACGAGGGGGCCGAGCUGGGCGCGGCGAGGGCCGCUCUGAGGAGGCCAGGGCAGCUGAUGGUUUUGGCGAAGUUCCUUAAGGUAGCUCGGCCCGACCCCUCAUCCCCACCUACCUCUCGCCCUCUCCCCCACUCUACCAUCAUCCUGGCCCCCCUCCCUCAUGACCGCCUGGAUCCUCCUUCCUGUCAGCUUGUCGGCAUUCUCCAUCACGGGCCUAUGGACUGUGUAUGCCAUGGCCGUGAUGAACCGCCACGUGUGCCCCGUGGAGAACUGGUCCUACAACGAGUCCUGCUCUCCUGACCCCACUGAGCAAGGGGGCCCCAAGACCUGCUGUACCCUGGAUGAUGUGCCCCUCAUCAGCAAGUGUGGCACAUAUCCCCCUGAGAGUUGCCUCUUCAGCCUCAUUGGCAACGUGGGUGCUUUCAUGGUGGCCUUGAUCUGCCUCCUGCGCUACGGGCAGCUCUUGGAGCAGGGCCGGCACUCCUGGCUCAAUACGACGACGCUCAUCACAGGCUGCACCAACACCGCGGGCCUGGUGGUAGUGGGGAACUUCCAGGUGGAUCACGCCAAGUCUCUGCAUUACGUUGGAACCGGAGUGGCCUUCUCCGCCGGGCUGCUCUUCAUCUGCCUGCACUGUGCCCUCUCUUACCACGGAGCCACCGCGCCCCAGGACCUGGCCCUGGCCUACCUCCGAAUCGUGCUUGCGGUCAUCGCCUUUGUCACCCUGGUCCUCAGUUCCGUCUUCUUCUUCCACGAGAGUUCUCUGCUGCAGCACGGCGCGGCCCUGUGUGAGUGGGUGUUUGUCAUUGACAUCCUGGUGUUCUACGGCACCUUCAGCUACGAGUUCGGGGCAGUGUCCUCAGAGACACUGGUCACGGCGCUGCACCCAGCCCCAACCAGGGCCUGCAAGUCCUCUGGGAGCAGCAGCACCUCCACUCACCUCAACUGUGCCCCCGAGAACAUCGCCAUGAUCUGAGGUCGGGGAGGGUGGCAGGCCCAGCCUCCACAGCUCCCCAGCCUUCCCUUCUCUGCAUUUCUUUUGUACCAAAAAUAACCUUGAUGGACUAUUUCAUUGGGCUCUCUAGGCUCCCUUGGUCCUAGCAGCCUGCACAUACCCACCAGUGCCAUGGAGGAGCGGGCCCUGGCAUCUGCCCAGGCUGCACACAGUCCGCUCCCUGACCAGUGUUUUCUGGGUUAAGGAUAACCUCUUCUCACUCACCCAGCCAGUCCUUCCGGUGCCUUUGACUCCCUGGUGGCAAAGCCAGACCACUAGGGUUUCCUGCUGCAGUAAAUGGGGCCUGGGAACAGCCAGAUGGAUAGAACAAGGUGAAGGGCUGAGCAUGCCUUAGUCUCUCGAGACGUCACAGAGCUGCGAGGGGAUGGUGCCCCACUGCCCCUUUCUUUAGGGUAAAUAACACAACAGAACCACAUGGGUAUUUUAGUACCUUUUUUUUUUAUAUCUAUUAAAAAGAAUUCUAAUUUGCAUGCUUGUAGUCUGUUCUGGAGCGUCAGAGACAGCCUCAUCCAGCAGAGCUUACUCCAGGCCAAAGACGGGAGGGAGCCCCUGGCCCAGGGAAAGACCCGAGUGGGCACACGCUUUUCAGACAGCUGCCAGGUGCACUCCAAGUUCCCUCAAGGACCUUUGACAAUCUAAAGAAAUGACCUGAUCUACUUAUUCCCCACUCAGAAUCUAGUUUGAACAACAAAGCUGGACAAGGGACUGGGGGUGGGGUAAGGUGGAAAGUGCAGAGAGCAAAUAUUUUAAAUGUUAGCAAUAAUUUCCUAAUGGAGCUAAAGCAAGCCCCUGGAAGGGGGGGGGAUGGUGGUGGUGAAUGACAGUACAGCAGGUAAGGCAGCUGCCUUGCAAGCAGCCAGCGUGGGUUCAAUUUCCAACACCCCAUAUGGUCCUCCUAGCCCCACCAGGAAUGAUCUAAGCACAGAGCAAGGAAAAAGCCUGAGCACUGAUAGAUGCAGCUCUCCCCCUCCACACACACACACCAAAAGAAAGCCCUUAGAGUUGACACAAAAUAGGGUUGGGCUGAGGCUGGUUUGCCCUAUCCUUAAUUCUGGUACCAGACCCAGACUUCUGGCACAUUAUGCUUUCCCACUGCACUAACAGGAUAAGCCUGGCUGGUUCUCGGACUCCACUGCU